AUGAAGGUUUCAUCGGUCUCCUCGAUCACAUUUCUUCUCCCCGGGGUGUUUUCUUUUAGCACUUCCUCGGACUCAGCCACUCGCACAUGCCAAGACUACAUGAUCCAAGUUAAUGCUACUUCUCAGGUGUUGGUACCCAGCUAUCCUCGCUUCGAAAACGACUUCGAUGUUGUUGAUUUCGUGAACAACCUUCUUAGUCGAGACUCGAGAUCAUCGUUCAUUCCCUUCUCUGGGGCGAAGAACGUCACUGGAUCGUACGAGAUCGCCGCAACUAUUUGCAGUCCUUGUAAAAGUACUCAAAAAGAGAAAACGCUCUUGCUUGCUUCGCACGGCCUUGGUUAUGAUCGGAGGUAUUGGGAUUCUGGUUUGGAGUCUGCAAAUUACAGUUUUGUAGACUUCGCCGUAGCCCAGGGUUAUUCGGUAUUCUUCUAUGACCGACUUGGCACAGGGAAAUCUUCCAAAGUCUCUGGCUAUGAUGUGCCUCAGUCCACCGCUCAACUUGCGAUUUUGCAACAAUUGAGCUCUCUCGUUCGAGCUGGAAACUACACUGGCUCAUUCGGAGCACCCUCCAAACUUGUCCAUGUUGGGCACUCAUAUGGAUCUCUCAUCUCCAACGGUCUUAUUGCAACUACACCUGGACUCUCAGACGGCGCGAUUCUCACUGGAAUAGCGUAUACACCAAAUUCGGCAACUUUCCUUAAAGCAUGGGGAUUUCGCAUUGCAGCACUGCAAGCACCUGGAAAAUGGCCUGGCCGGGAUAACAACUAUAUUACUGGCGUGGAUGCAGCUGGAAAUGCGGCAGCAUUUUUCCAUGGGAACAGCUUCAGCAAAGAAAUGGCGUGGUACGCGGAAUCUAUCAAACAGCCUGUCGCUUCUGCCGAAAUCCUCACCUUCACUUUGCUCCAGCAAAGAGCUCCUAAGUUUACAAAACCGCUGAUGCUCCUAGCUGGUGAAUUUGACUCCGCUUUCUGCGAUGGUAACUGUACGGGUGUGCUUGCACCACCUGUUUUGUCGGAGUACUUUCCCAACGUGACGGAUUUCCAAGCCGUUGUACAUCCCGCUGUUGGCCAUGGAAUCAAUCUGAGCUAUAAUGCGACAGGAGCAUACGCGGUCAUGCUUGAUUAUUUGAAGAAACAUGGAUUGUGA